AUGCCCGACCUUCUGGCAUGCCCUGCUCUGCGCCAGACCCCCGAGCGCCUGGAGCCCAAGCGUGCAUACCGCAAGGAGAAGCUCCUCGGCAUGUCCACCGGCUCGGCUGGCUCACUGGCCAAGCGCUUCACCAGUCUCCUGCGCCCCUCUUCCUCGAAACACUCGUCGGCUGGGACACCGGUGCCGGAUGCAGGCCGGCCCUCGGCCGGUGGCCGGCCCCUCACCCGGACUCACUCGGGGAGCUCCUACUCCAGCGGCACCUUCAACCAGUAUGAGGAGCCUUCCUCCCGCAAGAGUAGCUCCUCCAGUGGCAGCUUCUUUCGCCAGCACCACCAUCACCAUCAUCAUGUCGGGCCGGACGGGGCCGGGGUCUUCCAUUCGCAGCCGUCGCUCUCGUCUCCGGGCUCGGCCCUCGGCAGCGGAUCGGCCCUGCACCAGCCGCAGCCCCAACCAUCGGCCGGUCCCUGGUUCAAGCGCAAUCACUCGGCCAGCUCGCAUCACCUGCAUGGGGGCUUUGCGGCCGGGCACACGCAAAAUGCCCUGCCCAUGGGCGACCCCGGUCCCGAGGAGCGAGCCGGCUACGCGGUGCACCCGCGCGGCCUGAGCGACACAACGGACCCCGCCUCCUCCUCCUCCUCCUCCUUGUCCUCGUCUUCCGGCGGAGCUGGCGGCUCACGCAAGCGCAGUGGCAACUGGUCUUUCAGCAUGGCUCGGUCAUCCACGCGCUCCUCCUUCAAUGAGGGAUCCUUCUCGCCUCCGGGCGGGACCUCCAUGGGCUCCGGCUGGCCCGGCGCCAGCUCCGAGCCCCGGCGCAUGUCGGAGGACUCCUCCGCGGCUUCCAUGCACACCACCAUCAUCGAGGAGCCCACCUCCGAGGGGCGAUUCGCCGGGAUCCCGGCCGGGGGGCCAUCGGCCACUACUCCGUCCACCACCGCGGCCAUGGUCGUGCCGCCGCCGUGUUCCUUCCUGCACGACCGCGAGGCCGACUUUGACGUUGCCCACACCGGCGCCGAGGGGGGCGAUCAUGGCCGGCAGGACCGGCGUGGUAGUGUCAGCAGCGCGGCCAGUGCCAGCCUCGGCCUCGGCACCGUGUCCCCCCCGCCCGGUGGACUGCAUGCCAGUGCCGAAAACCCGGCCACCUCGGCCCCGGAAAUGGACCCCGCCCUCUCCUGGAAGAAGAGGAUCUCCAUCUCGGUGAAAAAGAAGCGCCGCGACCCCGCCCUGUCGCAAUAGAUGUUUCCCCACACCCCCAUGCGGAAUAAACUUGCUUUCCUCGCA